AUGGGCGCCGUCAACAGCAGACCUGAGGAAAACGCCCUUUUCCUCCGCGACCAAAAUCGCUUUUCCAUUGCUGCGCUGAGCAUCGCAAACGGCCGCGGCCGCACGCUUCUUCAUAUCACACCGAACGCCUUCCCCGCGUCAAGAUAUUCCGCAAAACGGGAGCUCGGUGACGACAGUGUGAUUGACUACAUACUUGAUCCAGAGUCAAGUCUCGCUGGCGGGCCGCCGUCCUUCCUGCUGCGCUUAUCGAAUGACGACGAGCUCACAUUCAAUUUCACAUUCAUAAUCAGGCAGGUUCAAGCUGCGCCCAGUAUAUACAACGUCAAUAAUACCCCAUCUACCAUCGCUCCAACCGGCCUGGUCGAUACGUCAAUAAAUGGCCUCACAUUUGUAUUUGGGUCAAACGCAAGAGAGUUGGACAACUUAGUCACCAGAGAAUUCCACGCGAAUCCCAACCUACACAAAGACCCACACGUCGAACUUGUGGGGGACUACACUACGGGCGGCACCAGCUCAGUCCAAUUUCAGUGGUCAUGGAAAUGGAAGCCGCCAAAGUCGAACGAGGACCGCGGAGGUGGCUGGCGUACAAGUUGCUGCUUUGUCGAAUACGACCAGCGAGCUCAUAAGCUGGAAACUCUCGCAAACUUUACAUUCUGGGUUCACAACGUGCGGCCCAUCCAGAGUCCGAAAUCACCUUCUCCCCGCAUGGAGCUCGGUGUACCUCCCAGGCUUCGUGUUCCCUCCGCGCAGAGUAUCGAAUCACGAGUCAGUGAUUCCGACAAUGACAGAGACCCGCUCGAUGCGCCUCCCAAGUCGCCAACCUUCGAACCAAUCCCGGAAUACGGACUUGGAUUGGUUCCAAGCCAGGCUACGACCCUAACGAACAGCACAGUCAAGGUGGACGUCAGUUGUUCUCGGCCUGGAGAAGAUUUGAGCCAGACUGAAGACGGUCCGCUCUUCCGCGCUACUAUGAAGUCGCUGGAGCAGAAGACCGGCAAUAUGCGCACCAAGUGGAAGAAGGUUCUGAAGCGAGCUGAGUCGGCGCUUGAGGCCCAGGUAGCGUGCAACAAUGCGAUGGCCGACCUGAUGGAAGCUCUACGCGAGGCGUCGACUUCGAAUGCGAACGCAGUUCAACCAGCUAUUGACCACUAUUUCGACAGCAUCGCGAAGGAGAUUUUGGUCUACGAGCGAAUGAACUCUUCAAACAUACAAAAACUUAUCAUCGAUCCUAUCUAUAAGCUCUACAACAUCGAUAUCAAGCAGGUAGAGACGAAGCGGAAGGAUUUUGAGGAAGAAAGCAAAGAGUACUACGGUUAUCUCAGUCGAUAUCUGGGACAACGCUCCGACUCCAUGAAAGAAAAGAAGCGCGCUGAGACUGACUCGAAAUAUCAGUCCAAGCGUCGGAAUUUUGAGCUCAAACGCUUCGAUUAUUCCUCAUUCAUGCAAGAUCUUCAUGGCGGGAGGAAGGACCAAGAGGUACUGUCGCAUCUCACGAGAUAUGCAGAUACUCAAGCCAGGAACUACUUGGAUACUGCCAAGAAAAUCGAGACAAUGAUCCCGCAACUGGAGGCGUUGUUUGUAGAAGUAAAAGAAGCGGACAAGGAGUUUCAGCUACAGAGGACGGAGAGGGAGGAGAAGCGCAGGGCGUUAGAGAAGAGCAAGAAACAGUACGACGAACCACCACCAUCUCAAGCCCUGCCCACUACACCGGCCAAUGGUAGCAUUGCAAGGACGGGAGUGACAUCUGAAACGAGUCUGCCGGGACGCAAAUCAAGCGUCGCUACGGUCCCAACAAGUACAGCAAACGCCAUUUCGUCGUUGGCUAGCAUACCCACUAUUGCGUCUCCACAGAGUCCAGAAGUCAGCCAUGCAACGCUAGCCGGGAGUCCUCAGCCCAACAAAUUCAAGGGCAUCCGCGACCUAGAAGACAAAGAUUAUAGCAUUUCGAGCGGUCUCGAUGUCAAGAAUGGCGCACAUCGCAAGGAAGGCCUCUUGUGGGCACUUAGCAGACCGGGCAGUCACGUUGAUCCCAAGGGUCUCAAUAAGACGGCGUGGCACAAGUUCUGGAUCGUGUUAGACCAGGGCAAGCUCUCAGAAUACACCAAUUGGAAGCAGAGUUUGGAGCUUCACAUGGAGCCUAUAGAUCUUCGCAUGGCAUCGGUCAGAGAAGCCCGUAAUCAAGAGCGUCGAUUUUGUUUCGAGGUCAUCACGCCACAGUUCACUCGAGUCUAUCAGGCAACCAACGAAGACGACAUGAAGUCUUGGAUCGCCGCCGUAAACAACGCUCUGCAAUCGGCUGUGGAGUCCGCUGGAAAGCAAGAUCGCCCUUCAACCGACUCUUUACCAGGACAAACCAGAAGGGACAUUGCGUCUGUUUUGACGGGUAAAAGUCCUUCUUUGUCGAGUCAUAAGAACCACUACAGUUCCAAAACUCCAGCUCGCCAUGCGACUGUAGGCGACCGUCCUGGGUAUCGAAGGGAAGAGUCCGUCGGCGACGACGGCAAACUGCUCAAACAAGUGCGUGACGCAGAUGCUAGUAACCAAGUCUGCGCAGACUGUGGAUCUGACAGCAAAGUCGAUUGGGUUUCCAUCAACCUCGGAAUCGUCAUCUGCAUUGAGUGUAGUGGUAUUCAUCGAUCACUAGGAACGCAUAUCUCUAAAAUCCGCUCCUUGACGCUCGAUACGAAUUCGUUUACUCCGGACAUCGUAGACAUCCUCAUCAAAAUAGGCAACAGCAACAGCAAUGCGAUCUGGGAGGCACGACUCUUGGGGUCCCUAAAACCAGCUCCUACAUCGACUCGCGAGCAAAGGUUACAUUUCAUCACUUCCAAGUAUGCAGAUCGAGCCUUUGUUGCUCCGAUUUCGCCUGCACUGUCGCAUUACGCUACGCCUGAAGAGACCCUGCUCGCGUCGAUUAAGAAGAACGAUAUUCAGAACGUUCUCUACGCACUAGCACUCAAGGCAGACCCCAAUUCGAAGGACCGAUCUCGCGGCACGCAUGCAGUAUUUCUGGCUUUGGCUGCAGCUGAUCCUGCAUCGCCUUCAGCAUCUGUGUCGCCUGCAAGCUCACCAUUGCCUGGCGCACGACCAACGACAUCCCAUGCCCCACUUCGAAAAUCAUUCCCAGUCGCUGAACUCCUAUUGCAAAACGGCGCAGAACUUCCGACGCAAUCCGCACCAAUCCCACUAAGCUCGUCGGCACGGCUGUACCUCGAGCACAAGGCUGACCAGCGAGCCGGGCGGAGGCCCAUGCCCAUGGCUGGGCAUCAGCCCAACACUAGCGGAGACAUACUCACUGCACUCCCUUCCAUCGUAGCCGGUAACGGUAGUACCCCUGCAGAACGGGCCAAAGAUCGAGAAGCGAGGUUACAAAAGCGCGUCUCUGCUGGCGGAAGGUUGGUCAAGAAUCUCUCGGAUCACUCCGAAGGUAGGCGAGGCCCAUAG